GUUAUUGUUUGAAUGUUUGCAUUUUAUUUAUUAGGAAUCCUCGUUUUUCUUAAUAAAACAAUAGUUUUGAGCAUAUUCCCAACGACUCAAGAACAAUACAAUUACAGUCAGAAUCAGUUUUUUAUCGUGGUGUAGGUACAAUUCAAUACGCCUAUUAUUCAUAUUACGAGCUACAAGUUAAAAAACCAUGGUGAAUUACUGCUGCGUUCAUGGCUGUGGUCGGAACAGCAAGACCCACAGUCGCCUCAACUUCUACACGUUUCCAAAAGAGAAGCACAGGCAAGUAGAAUGGCUGAUGGCGGUGAGGCGCGAAGACCUCUUGGAGUCAGUCGGGGAGAAGGCUCUCACCUCCAGACGUAUCUGCUCUCGACACUUCAGUACUUCGAGUGUGAAGAACAAAUGCCUGUCACCACAUGCCGUGCCUACGUUGCACAUUAUGGAGUCUAAAGGAGCUCCAGACAUGGCACCGGUAAAGCAUGAUGGCAUUGUCUGCAACAACUGCAAGUCCACGGUCACCGGGUUCCGCUACAAGUGUCUCUCGUGUGUGGACUACGACCUGUGCAACAAGUGCGAGACGCUGGAGGCGCACCCCGAGCACCACAUGAUCAGGAUACCCAGGCCUGUCAAGUUUGGCAAUAUAGAAAACUUAACACAGGAGUCCAGAAAACUUAUCAAAGCUGAGUUUGAGGAUGUAGCACCGCCAGACCAGAACAAUGCCGAGGCAAGCAGCGACGAUGAACCCAUCACCCACCUCAUGAAGAGGAAACAUGAUGAAGGAAUAGACUUGUCUGAAGAUGUAAAGAGGAGGAUACGGAAAGAGGUUGUCCGUGCAUUAGAGUCUGAAAUCAACAAGGAGGCAGCUGAUGACAAAGUACUAAAUGCAGAAAUACUAGUCAACGCCGGGGAAAAUGAAAAUCUAGAUGAUUUGCUCGUCAGCUACCUGAGGAGCGACCGUAUAGUACAAGCAGUGGAGUUUGCGAAUGUCUCUGUGGACACGACUUGCUUGCCUGUUGUGAAGCAUGAGGAUUUAGUGCAAACAGUGGACCAGCCAAUCACAUCAGUUGCCGACUCUCUGUCCGAAUUUUUAAUUAAAAAAACAUGAGAACGGGAUAAUGGAAAAUAGAAUAGAGUAAAAGAGUAAAGACAUGUACGCUCCUUUAAACGCCUAUAUGCCCAGCAGUGCGCCAUUUUUACCUGAUGAUGAUGGGGAGUGGAGUCAACUGGUAUGAUAUGCUUGGAAGAACAACGCAUCUUAAGAAACAUAGACAUUUGAACCACCAACCCGCAGGCAGUGGACCAAGGUGGACUGGAGUGAUGAAAACAGGUCAUAGGUAGUGAAGACUAUGACCUAGGCGAAAAGACCUAAGAUUAAAAGAUCUGGUGGAAUAAGCCAGGUGAACAGAAGAUGACAAGCCCCUACACUAAGUAUAGAGGAGUAAAAAAGAUUUAUAU